GCCGCACCAGCGUGUGUAUAAAGCUACGCUCCGUCGUCCUCGAGAUCAACGUCUUGUCCCACCAGCCUUCACCCAACUUCCACCAGCUUCCCCUUCCACCUGUCCAUCACUCUCCACCCGGCCCUCACCCGCCCCACACAAUCAACCGUUAAAAUGAAGUUCUCCAUCUUCUCCGUCGCCCUCCUGGCCGCCAGCGCCGUUGAGGCCGCCAAGGUUCCCAAGGUCCCCAAGGUCAAGACCAAGACCAUCACCGUCCCAGGCACCAUCACCGUCCCCGGCACCACCAUCACUGCGACGAUCACUGCCAUUGACCCUCCUAAGACCAUCACGAUCCCCACCACCAUCACCAAGCAGAUCACCAAGACUGCUGGCAAGGUCACCAAGACCGUCACCUCGAUCGUCUCUGGCGAGGUGUCUACCGUGACCUCCAUUGUCUCGGGUGCCGUUUCCACCGUGACUUCCGUCGUCUCCGCUGAGGCCUCCACUGUGACCUCCAUCGUUUCGGGAGCCGUUUCGACUGUCACCUCGGUCGUCUCUGCCGAAGCCUCGACCGUCACCUCGAUCGUCUCGGGAGCCGUUUCCACCGUCACCUCGGUCAUCUCUGCCGAAGCCUCGACCGUCACCUCGAUCAUCUCUGGCGCCAUCUCUACCAUCACCGCUGCCUGCCCGACCCCGACUAUCCCUACCGUCACCCUUCCUCCCGUGACCGUCUCCAUCACCGCCUCGGUUCCUACCGUGACUCUUCCUCCCGUGACCGUCUCCGUCACCGCCUCGGUCACCGCAUCUGUCCCGACCGUUACCAUCACUCCUCCCGCGACCACCGUCACUAUCGUAAGUUGAUCUCAAGGAGCAACGCUCGCCGUGCGUGAAUAGAUCCAUGCUGACUUGAACAUCGUAGCCCGUGACCGUCUCCAUUAUCAACACCGCCACCGUAACCCUCCCCCUCUAAGCGUCUUUUCGACUUCGGUUCCGGGAUUGAGUGAGGUCAGUCAGGCUGGAUGAGUGUUUUUCCCUCAUACAUGGAAGGCGGCUAGGGGAAGCUGGUUUCUUAGUUGAUCACAGGCUACUUUUUCUUUCCUCAACAAUCC